AUGGUGGAUAUUGUUGAGUCCUCUGACCAAUUCAUUCAUGCCCGUGUAGUGAAUGGUGCGGAGGUAGUCCAUGUUAUUGCAGUAUAUGCAGCUCCUACUGUGAGUCGAAGGAGCGGGUUAUGGACCAAGCUGCAUGAUACGAUGGUUGGAGUUGCAGAUCCUUUGAUUGUGGGAGGUGAUUUUAAUACUAUCAUUCGACUGGAUGAGAGAUCGGGAGGAAAUGGGCUGUUGUCGGCUGAUUCUCUUUCGUUUGGUGACUGGAUUAUUUCUGAGUCAUUGAUCGACAUGGGCUUUCGCGGGAACAAGUUCACCUGGAGAAGAGGGAAGAUAGCUCAGCAUUUUGUAGCUAAGCGCCUAGAUAGGGUUUUGUGCUGUGCACAAGCUAGAAUAAAGUGGCAGGAGGCGAUUGUUUCUCAUUUGCCUUUUCUGGCUUCAGAUCAUGCCCCGGUUUAUGUUCAACUGAGUCCAAUGGUGGAUAGGGAUCCUAGACGACGACCAUUUCGCUUCGAAGCAGCUUGGUUAAGUCAUGGCAGUUUCAAAGAAUUGUUGGAGGCAUCUUGGCGACGUGAUCUAUCUACCAUAGAGGCGCUGGAUGCCUUGAAGAUGGUUUUGAAGAAAUGGCACAAAGAGGUCUUCGGGGAUGUUCAUCAAUGUAAAGAGAAGUUGCUGAGGGAGAUCAAGGAAGUGCAAGACUCACUGGAUGUUAUGCAGACGGAUGAUUUGCUGCAUAAGGAGGAGAGGCUUGGUGGUUCCAAGCCUACCGUGGGAGGGUUUUCAGAGACUUACUUGGGAUGA